CAUUUUCAUUGGCUUUUUCAUAUGUCACUUUCUGUUUCAUCUCCUUUUUUUUUUCUACACAAACAAGCAACCCAAACUAAUCAAUGAAAUGAAAUCAAAACACUCACUUUCUCUUUCCUCAUUUUCACAUGUUAAUUCUUCUCCUUCUUACCACUACUAAUUUAAUCCAUCUUCCUAACAAAGUAACAAUGGUGGUAGUUUUUUCACAACCCCAUUAAUUAUAAACCAACCCGAAUCAUAAAAAAUUAUAAACCCAUCUCGAGGAGAGAGAAUGAUGAAGUGGGUGUGAGUUCUUUUUUUAAUAAUUUUUUUUAAUCAAUUUCUUAAAAAUUCUCCCCCUGUUUUUUUUUUUUUCUUAUAAUUUCUCCUCUUCCUCUUGGCUUAUAAAAGAAGGCAGAAAUUGGGUUGUUAAGAAAAUAAUGUCACAAGAAGAAUCAAAGGAAAUAAACACAAUUGAGCAAUGGAGGUGGUCGGAAAUGCAUGGUCUUGAGCUUACUGGAGAAGCUAAUACUGAAACUUCAAAGUCGACGAUGGCGAACAUGGAGGAUACUGAUAAUAGUAAUAACAGUAACAAUAAUGCGAAGAAAGAAGGAUCAUUGGAAAAGCCAAAGGAAGGUCCUCCAGCAGUUGCAUUCAAAGAAUUAUUCAGAUUUGCUGAUAAUUUAGAUUGUAUUUUAAUGGGGAUUGGCUCUCUUGGUGCUUUUGUUCAUGGAUGUGCUUUGCCUCUUUUCCUUCGAUUCUUUGCUGAUCUUGUUAACUCCUUUGGGUCUUACUCUAAUAACCCUGAUAAAAUGAUGCAAGAAGUUUUGAAGUAUGCAUACUAUUUUCUUGUUGUUGGAGCUGCAAUUUGGGCAUCUUCAUGGGCAGAAAUUGCGUGUUGGAUGUGGACGGGAGAAAGACAAACAACAAAGAUGAGGAUUAAGUAUUUGGAGGCAGCAUUGAGUCAGGACAUUCAGUACUUUGAUACUCAAGUUAGAACUUCUGACAUUGUUUUUGCAAUUAACACUGAUGCUGCACUUGUUCAAGAUGCCAUCAGUGAGAAGUUGGGUAGUUUCAUUCAUUAUUUGGCAACAUUUGUGACUGGUUUUGUGGUGGGAUUCACUGCUGUGUGGCAAUUAGCUCUUGUAACCCUUGCUGUUGUUCCACUAAUUGCUGUUAUUGGUGGGAUUCAUACUACUACAUUAGCUAAGCUCACUAGCAAGAGUCAAGGAGCUAUGUCUCAGGCCGGGAAUAUCGUCGAACAGUCAUUUGUUCAAAUUCGGGUGGUUUUCGCGUUCGUUGGCGAAUCAAAAGCUCUUCAGGCGUACUCGGCCGCAUUGAAAACUGCCCAAAAGCUUGGGUACAAGAGUGGACUAGCAAAAGGUUUGGGAUUGGGAGGAACCUAUUUCGUUGUGUUUUGUUGUUAUGCUCUUCUUCUUUGGUAUGGAGGUUAUCUUGUUAGGCACCACUUGACAAAUGGAGGACUUGCCAUUGCUACUAUGUUUGCUGUCAUGAUUGGUGGAAUAGGUUUGGGGCAAUCAGCUCCAAGUAUGAGUGCAUUUGCCAAGGCAAAAGCGGCAGCUGCCAAGAUUUUUAUGGUAAUUGAUCAUAAACCAAGUAUUGACAGAAUCAAGGAAUCAGGGAUUGAAUUGGAAUCAGUUACCGGGUUAAUCGAGCUAAAAAAUGUCGAAUUCGCAUAUCCGUCUAGGCUGGAUGUCAAAAUUCUUAACAACUUCUCUCUAAGUGUACCUGCUGGGAAAACCAUAGCUCUAGUUGGUAGUAGUGGAUCUGGGAAAAGUACCGUGGUCUCUCUAAUGGAGAGAUUUUAUGAUCCCACUCAAGGACAAGUUUGUCUAGAUGGGCACGACAUAAAAACAUUAAAGCUUCGAUGGCUAAGGCAGCAAAUAGGGUUGGUGAGCCAAGAGCCUGCUUUGUUUGCUACCAGCAUCAAAGAAAACAUACUUCUAGGCAGACCAGAUGCUACCAUGCUUGAGGUUGAAGAAGCGGCUAGAGUUGCCAAUGCCCAUUCCUUUAUUAUUAAGCUUCCUGAUGCCUUUGACACUCAGGUAGGUGAAAGAGGGUUGCAGCUCUCUGGAGGACAAAAACAAAGGAUUGCUAUUGCAAGGGCAAUGCUUAAGAACCCGGCAAUACUUCUUUUAGAUGAAGCAACUAGUGCAUUGGACUCCGAAUCAGAGAAGCUCGUCCAAGAGGCCCUUGACCGGUUUAUGAUAGGCAGAACAACUCUUGUUAUUGCCCACCGUCUCUCCACUAUUCGCAAGGCUGAUCUUGUGGCUGUACUUCAGCAAGGAAGUGUAUCUGAGAUUGGAACCCACGAUGAGCUUAUGGGCAAAGGAGAAACUAGUGUAUAUUCCAAGCUCAUUCGCAUGCAAGAAACUGCUCAUGAAACAGCUAUGCAUAAUGCCAGAAAGAGUAGUGCCAGGCCUUCGAGUGCGAGAAAUUCAGUAAGCUCGCCCAUUAUUGCACGGAACUCUUCGUAUGGGCGGUCACCUUAUUCUCGACGGCUCUCUGAUUUCUCCACUUCUGAUUUUAGUCUCUCUCUUGAUGCCACCCAUGCAAGUUAUAGGGCUGAGAAGCUGGCAUUCAAAGAGCAAGCCAAUUCCUUUUGGCGUCUUGCUAAAAUGAAUGCUCCUGAAUGGCCUUAUGCAUUGGUUGGUUCUGUUGGCUCCGUUAUAUGUGGUUCACUCAGUGCCUUCUUUGCUUAUGUUCUCAGUGCUGUCCUUAGUGUCUACUAUAACCCAGACCAUGCUUUCAUGAUCAGAGAAAUCGCCAAAUAUUGCUAUCUACUCAUUGGACUUUCAUCCGCUGCCCUCAUUUUUAACACGCUGCAGCAUUUCUUCUGGGAUGUGGUUGGUGAGAAUCUAACAAAAAGGGUGAGAGAAAAAAUGAUGGCAGCUGUAAUAAAGAAUGAGAUGGCAUGGUUUGACCAGGAAGAAAAUGAGAGUGCCCGAGUUGCUGCUAGGCUUGCUCUUGAUGCCAAUAAUGUACGAUCGGCUAUUGGAGAUAGGAUUUCUGUUAUAAUGCAGAACUCUGCUCUUAUGCUUGUUGCUUGUACUGCCGGGUUUGUUUUGCAGUGGCGUCUUGCUCUUGUACUUAUAGCUGUGUUCCCAGUUGUUGUUGCUGCUACUGUUCUGCAGAAAAUGUUUCUGAAAGGUUUCUCUGGAGACCUGGAAGCUGCUCAUGCAAAGGCUACACAGUUGGCAGGAGAAGCGGUGUCAAAUGUGAGAACUGUAGCUGCCUUCAACUCAGAAUCAAAAAUUGUUGGGCUUUUCAGUAGGAAUCUUGAAACUCCUUUACGACGUUGCUUCUGGAAGGGGCAGAUUGCAGGUAGUGGAUACGGAAUAGCUCAGUUUGCUCUUUAUGCUUCAUACGCUCUUGGUCUUUGGUAUGCUUGUUGGCUUGUGAAGCAUGGAAUCUCUGAUUUCUCAAAGACAAUUCGGGUUUUCAUGGUUCUUAUGGUAUCUGCUAAUGGUGCUGCUGAGACCUUAACCUUGGCACCUGAUUUCAUCAAGGGAGGCCGUGCAAUGAAGUCAGUGUUUGAGCUUCUUGAUCGAAAAACUGAGAUUGAACCCGAUGAACAAGAUACUACACCAGUUCCUGAACGCCUUCGUGGGGAGGUAGAACUGAAGCAUAUUGAUUUCUCGUAUCCCACACGUCCUGAUAUAUCCGUGUUCCAAGACCUCAACUUGCGGGCACGAGCAGGGAAGAUCCUUGCCUUGGUGGGUCCCAGUGGAUGUGGUAAGAGUUCUGUCAUUUCCCUUGUCCUUCGAUUCUAUGACCCAUCGUCUGGUAGAGUCACGAUUGAUGGUAAGGACAUCAGAAAGUACAACCUCAAGUCGUUAAGACAGCACAUAGCAUUAGUCCCUCAAGAACCAUGUCUGUUUGCUACCACCAUUUACGAUAACAUUAAGUAUGGAAACGAGAAGGCAACUGAAACAGAGAUUAUAGAAGCAGCAACCCUAGCAAAUGCUCACAAGUUCAUAUCAUCCAUGCCUGAGGGAUACAAGACACAAGUAGGAGAAAGGGGAGUUCAAAUGUCAGGGGGACAAAAGCAGAGGAUUGCACUUGCUAGAGCUUUUGUAAAGAAGGCAGAGAUAAUGUUAUUAGAUGAAGCAACCAGUGCACUUGAUGCAGAGUCUGAAAGGUCUGUUCAGGAAGCGUUGGACCGUGCUUGCGCAGGAAAGACUACGAUUGUGGUGGCCCACAGGCUAUCAACCAUUAGAAAUGCUCAUGUCAUUGCUGUUAUCGAUGAAGGGAAAGUAGCAGAACAAGGAUCGCAUUCACAUCUAUUAAAGAACUAUCCUGAUGGCUGUUAUGCCCGAAUGAUACAGUUGCAAAGAUUCUCACACGCUCAACCCAUCGGGGGGAUGACUUCAGGUUCAGGAUCAACCUCUUCCACUCGCGCAACAGAGGACCAAGGGAAAGAAAAUUGAUCGCCAUUAAAGGAGGGAGGAUUUCCAAAUUUAGUAUAAACAUAGAUAGAGGGAAAACAAGUAUAUCCAUCCCUUCUCAUCAGUUUCGAAUUCUUGAUUUUUGCUGUCAUAUAAUAGAGCAUAUUGUGUAUGUCUUAUCUGGUUUAGAUUAAAUUAUAAUUAUGAAAUAUAGCGUUUUUAUCCAAAA